AUGCAAUUGAAAGAAUAUUCCGUUGAUACUCCACGUCAAACUUUGCUAGAAGGUUCUGAGAAAGUUUUGAAAUCAAUUUCUAACUGGACUCCAGGUAAGGUGUAUCACAAGGAUACGAAACAUGUCACCAGGACUUUUCAUGAUACCAUCGAUGGUGAUUACUGGUGCGCUAGACAAAGCGUGUUGAAAGAUAUCCCAAUAGACAAAUUCAAAUCUGCAAUUAUUGGCACUACUGAAGUUGGAUUCACUCAUUCAGACCAUGAACUCCUUUAUGUUCAUGAAAUUGAGCUGAUGCAAGUUCGCAAUAUAAACAAAUACGAAGAUAAUGGAUGGAGCUACACAAUUCACGCUCAAUACGAAUUUGGAUUUCCCUUAAAUAAGAGGCUGUUUAACGAGUUGGUCCAUGUUUUUGUUUCCAAUGACAGAGCAUUGGUGGUUAGUGUUCCCAUUGAAGGGGGGAUUGAAGGGGUGUUGGGAACUUAUGUAUCUGUUGAACAAAUUAAAUGGAACGGAAAUAGUGUUGAUUGGACUGUUGCUACCACAUCAAGUGCUGGUGGAAAUAUUCCUGACUGGGUCACUAAGCUAAGUAUUGGCGGUGCGAUAGCUAAAGACGUUCCAAAUGUGCUUGCAUACAUUGAAAGCGAGAGGUUCCUUGUCCACGUUGGAUAA